AACCACCUGUUAUGGCCCAACAUGUCAAAAUUUAGCCUACUUAUCAUAUAGAUAAGUCUAAGACAAUGAGAAUUUUCUCAUUAGUGAGUGACUAAGCAGCUACAGUCGGUUAAACAGACAAAAUUGUCUCAUACACCAAACCAUGAGUUGGAGGAGUAACACCUGAAAGCGUCAAAGAUGCGGCUUUAUGUAAGGAUCAUCUUAUCUCAAUUUUUGGAGAGACCAACGAUGCUAACGUGGCUUGUAUGAAACACAUCCCCAUAUCAGACGCCCGAAAAAAGGGUCUUAAGGCUUUUGUUUUAAGAUGUCUUUUUCUCGGGUGUAGAUGAGGGCGACAAGGUAUCAACGGUGUACCUGCUUGUGUUAUGUUCUAUCAAUAGCACCUAACCUAUGUCUAUUUUAGCGGACCGUGCUCCACCCCAAUUCGCUAUCCCGGUCACGAUUUUCCUACCUCCGAGAGAAAGCCCCUUCCCUUUUUUGACCGGUAGUGGGCAUCAUGGGUGAGAAGAAAUUCUAACACUCCAAUACCGUGUGAUUAAUAGCCAUACGCAGACAAGCUCUAAUCCUCUGAGCUACCGGCCCUGCCCCAUCUCCAGUCUCCACUGCAGUACCCUAUUUGCGGCCUCAUUGAAAGUAACAUACCUUUUGUUAUUAGAGUAUGUGUAGUACGAGCCGUAUUAUCUAGUACCGUUAUGUAAUUUAUCAUAGUUAUAUUCCUUAUCGGACUCGUAUAAGUUAUGUAAUUUUCGUAUUAGUAUUAGGGUUAUUUUCAUGGUCUAUGAAAUCGUACCGUACCGGCGGUUCAACCAUAAAAUACUAGUAUCGUAGGCUAAACCGAUAAGCGGUGUUUAACGGUACUAACGAUUAAACCACGGUUUUGCCAUUAAAAAAAAAUAGAAAACUCAAACCCUGCAGUUGUAAAUCUUGUCGAAUAACUAUGACGAUAGAUCCAACAAAAAAACAGCACACUUCACCUUACUACAUAGGUUGAUGUUUACUUAGAGAAAAUAGUUAACUACAACAUAUGCCUGUUUCGAUGGAGAUUUCAAGGACCAGCAAUUAAUUAAAGAUCAAACAACUUUUGCAAAACCUUUUAAAAAUCUCCCCACCAAUUUCCGUACAUUGUAUCCCUUUGUUUCAGGCCUUCUCCCUCCUCCCUCUAAAUGAAGACAAUUAGCUCAUCAUCAUCACCAUGGACCCUUCUGGUCUUCUCCUCCCUCUGUCACUUACUACUUCUGCACAAUGCUUCUUCUCAACUAGGUAAACGCAUACCAUCAACUUGCUUCUUAAUUACCCGCGUCCGUCAAAAGCCAGCCUAGCUAGCUGGUGACGAGGAAAUUUAACGACGACAUCAUAUAUCGCGGUAGUACUUGUACAUGAUCCACGACUUAAUCUCUCUUCAACAACUCGAAUUAUUCGGACCAACUGGUUAUAUAACCGCUUGUUUAAUUACAGAUAUGCUCCUAUGGACGAACAUCGACUGCGGCAACGAGGACCUGCCGCCCAUCGGCCUGGACCUCCUGAUCUGGCACCUCGACACCAACUACACAACCACGGGGAUCAAAGCCCGCCUCUCCAUCCCAACGCCACGGCCGGAGCUCGACACCCUCCGCUUCUUCCCCGACGCCACCGCGAAAAACUGCUACGCCGUCCCGUCCGUGAAGCUGAGCCUCAAGUACCUGGUCCGCGCCGGGUUCUACUACGGCAACUACGACGCGUACGGGCGGCCGCCGACGUUCGACGUUUACCUCGACGGAAGGAAGUGGACGACGGUGAACACAACGACGGCGCAGGGGGUGGUGUAUUACGAGGCGGUGUAUGUGACUCAGGGGAAGGAUGAGAUCGAGCUGUGUUUGGUUCAGACGAGGAGCGGGGAGGUGCCGUUUGUUUCGUCGGUGGAGAUGGUGCCGCUGUGGAAUGGGUUGUACAGUGAGAUGGGGAACGAGGAGAGCUUUGCGCUUGUGGCUCGGACUAAUCUUGGCGGUCCCGAGAUCAGGAACGGGAUCAUCACCGGCGAAUGGCACAACCGCAUAUGGACACGUGGACCCGACCCACCAAACACCACCGUCGCCGCCACCGUGGCACCUCUCCCUCUCCUUACUCCAACAGAAAACGAGCCUCCGCCCGCCGCGUUGUCCGACUCCGUCCAAUCCAGCAACGCCCAAUACACCAUCUCCCUCACCGUCGACAUCCCCAAAUCAACUUCCAACCAACAAACGGCGGCAUACCUCGUACUCUACUUCACGGAGCUGCUAAUCCGACCAAAACUCGACGACACGAGGGUCAUGGACGUCUACGUGGACGGCAAGAUGACGGCGUCAGUGGAGGCCGAGCUCACGAAAUGCAAAGUGGUCACGGUGUACCCGAUUGCCGUCCAGCCGGAUGCGGUCAGCAUCAACGUCACGCUUGCGAAGUCGAAUUCCUCGACGUUGCCGCCGAUGGUCAGCGCGAUGGAGGUGUUUACGAGGAUCGAGAGCUCCGGCGCCGGCGCCGGAGGGGGUGGGUCAAAAUCGACCGGCGGCGGCGGGAGAAGGCGUCUCGUUGUGGCGUCGUGUGCGGUUGUCGUCCAUGUUGUCUCCAUUUUGUUCAUUUCUCUGUUUUAGUUGCUAAUAAUUUUCCCCCCUCUAUUUUUACACAAAAUUAAAGACAUUGAUCAUCUCAUAUUCUCACUAUCUUUAAUUUUGAUGUUUUCACAUUUCUGAACAAAUAAAAAGUCAAAAUAACAUUAGAAUUGCGUA